AUGGUGUUGGACUUAGACCUUUUCAGAGCUGAUAAAGGAGGUGAUCCAGAGCUCAUACGUUCCAAUGAAAUAAAACGUUUCAGGGGUACUAAGCGCGUCGAUUUGUUGCUCGAAGCAGAUGAGAAUUGGCGAAAAGCGCGUUUUAGAGCUGAUCACCUAAAUAAAGUAAAAAACUUCUGUAGCAAGGCAAUUUCUAAGAGAAUUAAGGAAAACAAAGAUGGUCCAGAUUCUGAGUCCAAUUUAUUUGAUGAUGUGUUCGAACGUCUUGACUCAAUAGUGGAAGCUGAUUUACAGUCCCUGAGUGUUGCACAAUUGAAGUCAUUAUCUAAUCUAGUUGAUCAAGAAAUAAAGAAGAAUGCAGCUUCCGUAACCGAGUUUGAGUCUGUAAGACAGCAGCAAUUGUACGAGAUCGGUAACAUCUUACAUCCAGAUGUUCCAAUAAGUAACAAUGAAGAAGACAAUUUAGUUAUUCGAACUUUUGGGAAAAGCGAUUUUCGGAAACCAUUAUCUCAUGUCGACUUGGUGGUAAUGGUAGAUGGUUUUGACGGUGAACGUGGAUGUACAGUAGCUGGAGGUCGUGGAUAUUUCCUAAAGGGGCCACUUGUUUUCUUAGAACAAGCAAUCAUAAACUUGGCUUUACGUAUGCUGGAUGAACGUGGUUAUACAGCACUAUACACCCCUUUCUUUAUGCGCAAGGAAGCUAUGCGAGCGGUAGCUCAGUUAAGUCAAUUUGAUGAAGAGUUAUAUAAAGUUACUGGUCGUCGUGAACCUAACGCCACAGUUAAUCAUGAUUCGCCAACAAACGAAGGUGAAGAGGAAGAGAAAUAUUUAAUUGCAACUUCCGAACAACCAAUUGCUGCAUUUCAUCAAGAUGAAUGGUUACCUGUUAAUCAGUUACCGAUUAAAUAUGCAGGGAUUUCAACGUGUUUCAGACAAGAAGUUGGUAGUCAUGGUCGUGACACUCGUGGAAUAUUUCGUGUUCAUCAAUUUGAAAAAGUUGAACAGUUUUGCAUUACUAGCCCACACGAUAAUCUGUCAUGGGAAAUGUUUGAUCAUAUGAUUUCUAAUGCUGAAGCAUUUUACCAAGCUUUAAAGUUACCUUAUCGUAUUGUUUCCAUUGUAUCGGGUGAAUUAAACAAUGCUGCAGCUAUGAAAUAUGAUUUGGAAGGUUGGUUUCCUGGUUCCGGGGCUUUCAGAGAACUUGUAUCUUGUAGUAAUUGUUUAGAUUAUCAAUCUCGUCGAUUGGCAAUUCGUUUUGGUCAAACAAAAAAAAUGAAUAAAGGUGUUGAAUAUGUACAUAUGCUCAAUGCAACAAUGUGUGCAACCACUCGAGUUAUCUGUGCAAUUUUAGAGAAUUAUCAAACAGAACAUGGAAUUAUUGUACCUGAUGUUCUUAAAUCAUUAAUGCCCAAAAAAUAUCAAAACUUUAUACCAUUCAAAGGACAUGAAGAUCAAGUAAUCAAUAACAUUGAAAAUGUACCACUGACAACAAUUCCUGAUUCAUUUCAGACAAAAUUUCACGAUGAAACAUCAUUUAAUCAAUUGAAUGAGAAAAUUAGCAGUUUAACUGAAGCCACUGAAUCUGGUAUUGUUAAUGCUAUUUCACAAUUAACUGAAGUUCAAAAACGAAUCGAAAGUAAAUUAAAUGCAUUAAGUUUAUUGAAUGCAAAUAAUCAUCAUCAUAUGGAUGAACAAGUUGUCCAUGACAAAUCACUUGGUGAUAAUGGUGGUGGUUUUGUUGUUGAUGUUGUACAUUCUGCAGAAAAUUCUUUAGAAGAGAAAAAUGAUGUUGACAUUGAAAAUAAAGAUAGAUUUUUUGAUGAAUCAGUGAAUAUAUUACAAUCCACUACUCCAGAACCAAUGGAUUCAAAGAAGAAACGAAAGAAAAAACCGAAAAAGAAAUUAACCGAUUGAAAUGAAUUAUGAUUGUUGAUAUGAUGAUGAUGAUACUCAUGCUCUCAGUCAAUGUUUACAACAUACAUAUUAUUAUAUAUGAUGUGUAUUGUAUUGACUUAUGUUUGCAUAUGAAUAUAUUUAUUUUGACUUUGGUGUAAUUGCAUUUCACAAAAAAAAAACGUUGUAUUGAUAGUCGA